UCACUUUGGCACCCACAUUUCUCCCGAAUCUCUCCUACCGAACCCCUCUCACGCAUAGUCUUCUCCUCCCAAAUCUCUCCUACCGAACCCCUAUCACGCGUGCAUACUAGUCUCCUCAUCUCAUCUUAUGCCCUCUCCGUCCAACCCCUCUUUGACGAACCCUCUUCGCGAACCUCUCCUCUGAACUCCUCUCCGUCUAACGAUAUUCUGUUGAAUCCCUCUCCCGCUGAACCUAAAAUCCAACUUCCGAAUUCAGGAGCCAUCAUCUCUUCAUGCUGCAAAUUUCUCCCAAUCGGGAGAAGUGCUACAACCGGCUUCAUCAAUCCAUAGCCUCUUCGUCGACAGAUCUCUUGUCGGAGAAGCUUCAUCCAGCCAUCCCACACAACUUCUUCGUCACGAGCACAGCUCAACCCACUCCAUCCGGAUCACACUCGCAAUCCCUCUCUGAUCAGCUCUUUAUCUGUAGCUCUUCUUCCAAGAAUCGAACAACAACCAUCUCUCCGUUCAAGCCUUCCAAGCUCCUCAGAUCAGUUCCAUCUGAAGCUUCCAACAAUAACCUUCAAGAUCCGGAUAACAUUGGAGCAGCAAUUACAUGCUAUGUGGCACUGCAUCCGAACCUCAGGGGUGUGACUGGGAAGUACUUCGACGAAGAAUUAUCAAGAAGGCUUUGAGAUUUAAGCGAGAAGAUGUUAAAGCCAAUGAGUAAAGAACAUUCAAGUCAAGAGGAUAAGUAGCAUCUAUCAAGAUCCUUUAAGUUCAUGCAAUAAAAUGUAGUCAAUAGAAGUAGUUUUGAGUGUCUCCUAAUUAAAAUUUUUUGUAUUCGAGUAAUUAUGUUUUUAUAGAAGUGUAAGGAUGAUAAUUUGUAUAUUUAUCUUGGUUGAUUAUUUAAUAAUAUGUUAUUCAUUGAAGUA